AUGGCGCCUUCUCGCGUUGAUACACUCGAGCCUUUGAGCACAUCCAACCCUCUGAAGACUCAGCAAAGCGCAAAGCAAGAAACUCAUUACGGUGACUUUCGUGAUGACUUCUUCAAGAAUGGCUAUACAGUGAUCAAGGGCGUUCUGAGCAAGGAGCGCGCGCGUGAAUACCAGAGCGAGGCACUCGACUGGCUGGAGUCAUUUAAUAUCGGAUUCGACCGCCAUGACAGAAGCACUUGGAAGAAGGAAAACCUGCCUCAGAGCUUCAAAGGUGGAAUGUAUCUUCACUUUUCUGCGGCACACGAGAAGUACAUGUGGGAUGUUAGAACCGAACCCGGCGUUAUUGAGCCAUUUGCGAAGCUCUGGGGAACCGAUGAGCUGGUUGUCUCCUUCGAUACCGUCAACAUCACACUCCCUCAAUCCAUCGUGGGUGAAUAUGAUUCCAAGCCUUGGCCUCACUGUGACCAGGCUCCAGAGCGCAAGGGAUUAGCUUGUGUUCAAGGCAUUGUCAAUUUGUCCGAAUCUGGACCAAAUGACGGUGGCCUCGUCGUCAUGAAGGGAUCCGCCCCGCUCUUCGAUAAGUUCUUUGAAGAGAACCCAGUGACGGGCCCCAUGCCAUGGCGAACUGCUAAGCACAAGGACUUCCAUCCAUUUUCUGACAAAGAUCUGGACUGGUACCGCGAACACGGCUGUGAAUUGAUCAAAGUCUGCGCUGAACCGGGUGAUUUAAUUUUGUGGGACUCACGUCAGAUGCACUGGGCGCAGUUUGGAGAUUCUGACCUUAUUCGCACCAUUGUCUACGCAACAUAUACACCGGCAGCCUGGAUGUCGGAUGAAGACCGCGCAGCAAAGAAGGAGCUAUUCGAGAAUUAUGAAACUACCACCCAUUGGCCACAUACCAACCUCUACACUCAUGGCAAGGCAACAGUCAAGGUGGAUGGAGAGGAAGUACCGGACCCCUUGGAAAGGGAUGAGCCUCUGACCAAACCAGUGAGGACUGAGAGGUUGUUGCAGCUAGCUGUUAUUACCUUCGGACGACCACUUACCGUUACCAAGCUGUGUCAAGUGGAGGUCGACGCCGCGCAUCAUGAAUUUGCUAUUACAAAAGACUCGGCGCAGAAUGUCCCAACAGGAACGGUGAAGCUAGUCGAAGAUGGAGAAAUUGUCUUAAUUCCAACUCCUUCCCCUGAUCCCAGAGAUCCUCUCAACCUACCCCAAUGGCAGAAAUGGGUGAUAAGCAGCACUUUAGGAGUUUUUGCUGUGUUGAGUGUCCUCAUGACCUCUGGGAUGGGUCCCAUCAUCACUACCAUCUCGGCCUAUUACGACGGUAAUCCCAGAACGAACGAUCUAAUGACAUAUCCAACGUUGUUCAUGGGACUUGGAAACGUAAUCGCUGUACCACUCGCCGAGGCUGUGGGACGUCGCCCAGUAUUCCUAACCUCUGCUUUAAUAGUGACAGUCGGGUCAAUCUGGUGCGCUGCGAGUGAUAGUCUGGCCUCGCAUAUUGCUGGACGGGAUGUGCUAUCUUUAGCCGCUGGGCAGUCGGAGGCAUUGUGUCCUCUCAUCAUUCAGGAAAUUCACUUUGUUCACGAGCGCAGUAGCAGAUUAGCAUGGUUCAGCGCUAUCCAAUCUAUAGGUAGCGCUGCCUUGACCAUUGCUACAGCCUACCUUGUUCAGAGCCUAGGGUGGAGGUGGUGGUACGGCAUAUUCGCUAUCAUUAGCGGCGUUCUGUUUCUGGUCUCCUUUGCACUGGUCCCAGAAUCUUUGUAUGAACGGCCUACCGACGCUUUCGAUGGUCAAGUCCAUAUUCAGCAUGAAGGCGAAGACCUGGCCAUUGUUCGCGCAACUACAAAGCGCAGAGUCGAGUUAGACUUCACACGGUAUCAACCGCGUACAUGGCGGCACAGCCUGAAGAUCUUCCACGGUCCCGCAAAGUGGUCGGUAGCGAUAGAAUGCUGGAAGCACAUGCUGCAGUGUAUCUUGUUCCCCAACAUCCUGUGGGUCGUCUUGAUGAACAGUGUCGUGCUCGGGAUCUAUGUGAUCAUGGUCACUGUGUUCGGAAGCAUUCUUACGGCCCCGCCAUACAACUAUCCCGCCACAGCUUUAGGCCUUGUCCAAGGAGGCCAGAUAGUCGUCUCAAUGAUCCUAGUCCCUGUUCUCGGAUACGGUGGAGACAAGUUCCACGAAUGGAUAGCAAGACGCCGCAACGGCGUGGCCGAACCCGAGUUCCGCCUGAUUCCCAUAUUACUGCCUGUCAUUGUGGCACUCAUCUCAUGUGUCAUCUUUGGUCAUGCUGGCUCCGACCCCUAUCACUGGUCGCCGUGGGCUAUCACAGUCGGUUUCAAUGGGAUUUACUUCGGAUUUAUUGGUAUCAUUCUGAUCGGAUACACAUACUCGCUUGAUAGUUAUGGAGAGCGAGCAGGGCCUAUUCUGGUGCUGAUCUGCGCAAUCCGUGGCUUGAUCUCCUUUGGAAUUUCUUUUGGCGUCACUGAGUUUGUCACAGAGGUGGGUUAUAAGCAGGCGUUGAAUAUCUGUGCUAUCAUCAUGGGAGUUGUCUCAGCUUUUGGCUUCGCUGUUUUCAUCUUCGGUUCGAAGAUUCGGUUCCUUACGAUGAAGUAUGCUGUUGACAAGAAGACGGCUGAAAUAUAAUACGUCCGGAAUAUGCUUCUUCAUUGCUCUGCACCCGCUAGAUAGCUCGAAUGUUUCCUUUUUAGUACAAAGUCUAAUACAGAAUUUUCUUCUUAACUAAAGUUGUAUGAUUACGGGUUGUUCAUUCUUGGACCAUACAUUCAAACAUAUUAAGUUCUCUAUUCUUCGUUCAUGAUCGAUACCAGAAGUAGAGAGGAAAAUAUAGAUUAGCACCUUCAUAUCAUAUGCUCCGAAUGUUGUAUUUUCCAUCUUUAGAUGACGUGAAUAGUUCAUAAGUAGAGAUUCUGGUGCGGUACAUAAUUAACAUAACCAUUAGACCGCUUAGGAUUCUUUCAUGAAGUCAUCAAGAGGAACUGAAUCAAGC